AUGGGGAAGGGCUACAAGGUGGUGGUUUGUGGAAUGGCCUCGGUGGGAAAGACUGCGAUUUUGGAGCAGCUUCUCUAUGGAAAGCAUACUGUUGGCUUAGAGGAGGGUGCCACAAUGGAAGAUGUGUAUUUGGCAUCGGUGGAGACAGACCGAGGUGUGAAAGAACAGUUACGGCUCUAUGACACCAGGGGUCUGCAGGAGGGUGUAGAAUUGCCAAAACACUAUUUCUCUGUCGCUGAUGGCUUUGUUCUCGUGUACGCCGUGACCAGCCUCGAAGCUUUCCAAAGAGUCGAACUGCUCAAGAAGGAGAUAGACGUCUUUAGAGACAAAAAGGAG